AUGACUAAAGCGCUUUGUUUGUGGGCAUUUGAAAACUUGAACCGUCGCUUAUUUCCUGAAAGCUCCUCCUCCAAUUUGACCCACUUCUUACAGACCACGAAUGCCUCCACAUCUGAUUUCCCUCAUGAGGCGCCAAUGUUCAUUACAUGGAACGAGGAUGGCGAUUUGAGAGGCUGUAUUGGUACAUUUCUGCCAUUGAACACCGAGAAGGGUGUGGCAAAGUAUGCUUUGGUGAGUGCCUUUGAGGACCCCAGAUUUCCACCAAUUGCAGCGAAGGAGCUCCCUUCAUUGAGUGCCAGUGUAACGUUGCUCGACGGAUUUACAGAGAUCUCCAGCCCUACAGAAUGGACUGUCGGAGAGCACGGACUCAAGGUUUACUUUGAACUCUCAGGUAGAGGAUACUCUGGUACAUUCUUGCCAAGUGUUGCUGAAGAACAGGGAUGGGAUACGGUCGAUACACUUUGGAAUUUGGCGAGAAAGGCCCACUAUAGCGGUUUGAAGCGCAGCGAUACUUUGGCGUUUUACGAGAAGGGAUUGAGUGAAGGAUGGCUUCUGUUGACUAGGUAUCAGGGUCUCAAAGCAGAGGCUACCUACGAGGAAUACCAGGCUGCCAAAAAGUAA